ACGUGGUUGGUUUGAAGGCCGAUGACUUUCUUCUACACUUCAAACACCGCUUCCACCAUUUACAUUUUGUAGUAGCUGUCUUGCACUUAGGAAGGAAAGUUUUCCAGAGAUGGGCAGGAGAACAUACUUCUUGGGCCUACUGGCUCUCCUAUUUAUCACAUCAUGUCUUGCUGAAGAAACAAAAGAAGAGCCUGAAAGUGCUCCCAAAGUUGAUGAUGAUGCAGGAAAGAGUAGAGAUGCUUCAAGAACAGACGAUGAAGCUGUACAGAGAGAGGAAGAGGCUAUCAAACUAGAUGGCCUGAACGUAGCACAGAUGAAAGAGCUUAGAGACAAGGCUGAAAAGCAUGAGUUCCAGGCUGAAGUCAAUAGGAUGAUGAAGCUAAUUAUCAACUCUCUCUACAGAAAUAAGGAGAUCUUUCUUAGGGAACUUAUCUCCAACUCUUCUGACGCUUUAGACAAAAUUAGACUCAUGUCUCUUACCGAUAAGACUGCUUUUGAUUCUGGCGAUGAGCUCUCAAUUAAGAUCAAGGCAGACAAGGAGAACAACAUACUUCACGUUACAGACACUGGUAUUGGCAUGACAAAAGAAGAACUCAUCAAGAACUUAGGUACCAUUGCAAAAUCUGGCACCAGUGAGUUCUUCCAGAAGAUCCAGGAAGCUGCAUCCAGCGAUUCUGCCUCUGACCUGAUUGGCCAGUUUGGUGUUGGUUUCUACUCGUCUUUCCUAGUCGCUGACCGUGUCAUUGUGACCAGCAAGAACAAUGAUGACAAGCAGUACAUCUGGGAGAGUGACGCUAGCUCAUUCUCCAUCUCAGAAGAUCCCCGUGGCCCCACCCUUAAGAGGGGUACUACCAUCAGCCUGCACUUGAAGGAAGAGGCCCGCGACUACCUGGAGCCAGAGACCAUCAAGGAUCUGGUCAAGAAGUACAGUCAGUUCAUCAACUUCCCUAUCUUCCUGUGGACCAGCAAGACCACAGAGGUUGAGGAGCCCAUCGAUGAUGCACCUGAGGAGAAGAAGGAAGAGGCUGCUGAAGACAAGAAGGACGAGGAGAAGAAGGAUGAAGACAAGAAAGAUGAUGAUGUCGAGGUUGAAGAGGACAAGGAUGAUAAGGAAAAAAAGCCUAAAACCAAGAAGGUUGAGAAGACUGUGUGGGACUGGGAACAGCUCAACACCAACAAGCCGAUCUGGACCAGGAAACCCAAGGAGAUCAAAGAUGAUGAGUACAACGAGUUCUACAAAUCCUUCACCAAGGAGUCUGAGGACCCUCUGGCCAAGAUCCACUUUGUUGCUGAAGGAGAGGUUACCUUCCGCUCCAUUCUCUUUGUCCCCAAGGCCGCCCCAUCAAAUCUCUUCUCUGACUAUGGAAAGAAGAUGGAUGCGAUCAAGCUGUUUGUCCGCCGUGUUUUCAUCACAGACAACUUUGAGGAGAUGAUGCCCAAGUACCUUAGCUUCAUCAGGGGUGUAGUCGACUCAGACGACUUACCUCUGAAUGUGUCCCGUGAGCAACUUCAGCAGCACAAGCUACUGAAGGUGAUCAAGAAGAAGCUUGUCCGUAAGGCGCUGGACAUGAUCAAGAAGAUCCCUAAGGAGGACUACAUGGCUACCUUCUGGAAGGAGUACAGCACCAACAUUAAGCUUGGAGUGAUUGAAGACCACUCAAACCGCACCCGUCUGGCUAAGCUCCUCCGAUUCUACUCCUCCAACUCUGAGAAAGAUAUGACCAGCCUUGCCGAGUACAUUGAGAGGAUGAAGGAGAAGCAGGAUGUGAUCUACUUUAUGGCAGGACACAACCGCAAAGAGGUUGAGAGCUCCCCCUUCGUCGAGAAGCUCCUGAAAGAGGGCUAUGAGGUCUUAUACCUCAUCGAACCCGUGGACGAGUACUGCAUGCAGAGUCUGCCUGAGUUCGAGGGCAAGAAAUUCCAGAACGUCGCAAAGGAGGGCCUCAAGAUUGGUGAAGACAGCGACAAGAAGAAGAAGAAGUUUGAGGAACUCGAGAAGACCUAUGAGCCCCUGCUGAAAUGGCUCAAGGAGGAUGCUCUCAAAGAUCAGAUUGAGAAGGCCACUAUCUCUGAGAGACUCCACGAUUCCCCUUGUGCCUUGGUCGCCAGCUCGUAUGGAUGGUCCGGCAAUAUGGAGAGAAUCAUGCGCUCACAGGCUUAUGCCAAAUCCAGCGACCCCAGCAACGAAUACUACGCCACGCAGAAGAAGACCCUGGAGGUCAACCCCCGCCACCCUCUCGUCAAACAACUGCUGAAGAGGGUCGAGGAAAACAAGGACGACCAGACAGCUAAAGAUCUAUCAAGGAUCCUCUUCGAAACCGCCACUCUGCGCUCAGGAUAUCUUGUCAAGGACUCGGCUGACUUUGCAGGCCGCAUCGAGCGUAUGCUCCGCCUCAGCAUGGGCGUAGACUUGGAAGAGAAGGUCGAGCCUGAAGAGGAGGACGAGGAAGCUGAGAAGGAGGAGAAAGAAGAGGAGGUUGAUGCAGAGGGAGAGAAAGAAGACAAGAAAGGAGAGGAUAAACCAGCGAUGGAGAAGGCCGAGGAUGUCGACACCAAGACUGACUCCAAGCCCGACCCCAAAUCCGAGGGCAAGGAAGAUGAAGUUGAGGAGGAGAAGAAAGAGGCCCCAGCAGAGCCCAAGAAAGAGCUUUAAACAUACGCACCGCCUAAAAUUUUUCAUAAAAAAAUAUUGUACAUUGAAUCUGGAUGUUCCAGUUCUAUCACCCGAUCACGCAUUGCGUUACCAAAACAAGACAUUUGAAAUGAAGGAAUUACGUGACACGGUGUGGUCACGCGGGCAGCCCAGAGACAAAAGAACGAAUAGAAAACAAUCCAGCCAGUCGUUAUUGGUUGGAGUUUAUUUAUGAAAAUUUCUCUGCUAGGAUAAAAUAUAUUUGGCACUCUUUUUAUACCCUUUAGAAAAGUGGCAAAGCCGCGCCGGGAAUGGUAGAUGGCCUCAAAAUGAGGCAAAUUUACAAAGCGGGUAAAAAAAUAUUAAUAAACUUUGUAUUAAAAUUUUA